AUGGUACAAUUUGUCAAAAAGAAUGUUUCUAGCAGCAAAUUAAGCUCAUCCUUUAUCUCUAGAUUUUUGGAAAUGCAGGAAGAGCAUGGAUCAAGUGUAGCACUUAAUAGUACAAGAAAACUAGCAGAGAAGACCAGCAAUUAA